GUUCAGGCAGGGUGUGUGACGGAGGAGAUAUGAGAAGAGUUCCCAAAGCAACAGGCUCUCAGAACACAUAGAGAAGAUCAGCCAGGAACACAGAGACACGACAGCUUUAAAGACAUAAAAACAACAACAGAGAGAUACAUUGCAUCGCGAAGGAGAAGAGAAGGAGAGAAUAAAAAAAGAAAAGAUGGCGAUCGGAAAGAGUCCCAGAAACGGUUCUGUCAGGUCUCCAAAGUACCUGGACAAGAGUUCUGGGUUCUACGGUCGCCUGGAUGAGCCCGAGAUGGGAGGAGAGGAGGAGGAGCGGGGGAGAGAGGGGGACUGGGGGGGAUCGUGCCCAGCCACAGAGCUCUCUACGGGGGGAGAGACGGACCGGGGAGAAGCUGGGGUGUUUGACUUCAACGAGGGAAUGAUGGAAGAUGACGACACCACUCUCCUCCGAAGGAAACCCAGCCGGCUCAGCUCCCGCUGGAGAAGAAGCUCCAGGAAGGCCAAACCCCAGGCGAUCUCCCCUAGGCAGGGGGACCAGAUCCUGGGUACGGAGAUUGAGGCCCCUGUCCUGGAGGUCACUGCGGUGGAAGUGAGAAGGAGCCGCUGGGGGAGAAGCACCGGGAAGAAACAGGGGGCCGAGCCCCUGACGGUCUCCCCCAGGGAGGAGGGCCCGGACAUGGGUACGGAGAUGGAGACACAAACCCCUGUCCUGGAGGUCCUGGAGGUGGAGGUGAGGGUAGAGACUGAAGAAGGACAGAGGGAGAAAGAGAGAACAGAAGAGGAGAGGACGCUGGUCCACUUUGCGAGCAGAGAAGAAGCGGAUGACCAGGUUCUGAUAAAGGACAAUAAGAGAGGGAGGGAAGAAGAGAAGGAGGAGGAGAUGAAGGUGAUGAGGAAGAGGAGCACGCUGAAGAACUACCGCAAGUCUUUCGACCGAGCGGUCCGUCGAGGGUGGGAGACCUUCGUCACUAACCUGUACAGCGUGACGCUCACACUUGACUCAUCAUCAUCACCGCCACCAUCAAGAGAGAUGCACCAUUCCUCAACAUUAGCAGAUUACAGAUAGGAUUCACAAACCUGUUCAUCUAAUCUGUAAACUGCAAUUGUUCCAAUCAGGUUAUGUAACGCCCAUAUUGUAAUUUGAGAUUGAGGCUGGCUUGGACAGAGUGUUCCGUUUGUGUUCUCAACGCAAAUGACCUGUGUUCACCUCAAUGUAUGGUUCAGUUGAUUAAUCAAUCAGUGAUAUUGAUCUGGUACAUAAUACGGGUUUAUCAAUGAUCAAUAUGAACAGCACCCGAUUAACACCAGGAAGUACACAAAGUUUAACUCAUUCUUAUUCUGAAUUUCAAAAUAGCACACUAUUGUACUAGUGCACUAAAUAGGGAAUGGGUUGACUACUUCCUCAAGUUCAUACCUCUCUGGAGGACCGUCUGCAGGGUGGUUUCAGUGUUGUGCAACCUGAGAGAUCAAGUAUGUUUCACUACACAUGUACCUAAUGAACGCAGCCCAAGAUGAGACCUGAUAAAGUAUGUUUCACUAUCCAUGUACCUAAUGAACGUACCCCAAGUGUGUUAUGUUUGUUUCAUAAAAGGAGAACGUUUUCAUACCAUGAAAUUAACUAACUAUGGGGGACAUGAGGGUACGAAAAAAACGGUCUCAAACUUUGGUCCUCUGACUUUGUCUAAAAGGAGGUUGCACACAACACACAUUUAAUACAUUAUUUAUUCAUGUUAAUUUAUUUACUAUAUGAUCAGUUUUCACACUUUUCUGUGUAAUCUCUCUCAAUAAUAUCUUACCAAAGAGUUUAUUUAUUUUUAAUUAUUGGCUUAAAUCACAACAUAAUAUCUCUCUCUCGCAGCAUUGAAGUCAAGCUCAGGAUUAUAUGAGAGCUAUACUGAGCUGGUGGAGAAUUUAUAUUUUUCUGUGUUGCACUUGAAUGACUAAAUUGUUAUAUUUAGUUUAAAAAUCAAUGCUUUGUAUUACUUGUGCCAUCUUUGUAGCCUUUGUCCUUAAAUAAAAUAUAAUUUCUCAAAUA